GCAGGAAAUCGAGGCCUUUGUGACCAUUCUCUAAAAUAUUUAAGCUCAAGAAUUACAGAGCGGAAGCUGCAGGGCACCUGGCUACCUGCUGGCCGAGGGAAUUUGGAGAAACCAUUCCUGGGGCCACGUGGCUCCGUGGUGCCCGUGUUCAGCCCUCAGAAUGGCCUUCACUCUGUCCAUGCUGAGCACAGUCCACUGAAACCCAGGGUCGUGACUGUGGUGAAGCUGGGCGGGCAGCCCCUCCGCAAGAUCACCCUUCUCCUGAACAGGCGGUCGGUGCAGACAUUCGAACAGCUGAUUGCGGACAUCUCAGAAGCCUUGGGCUUUCCGAGGUGGAAGAAUGAUCGAGUGAGAAAACUGUUUAACUUGAAGGGCAGGGAAAUCAAGAGUGUCUCUGAUUUCUUCAGGGAAGGAGAUGCUUUUAUAGCCAUGGGCAAAGAACCGUUGACGUUGAAGAACAUCCAGGCAGCUAUUGAAGAGCUGUACCCUAACAAAGCCCGUACCCUGACGGUUACCCCACACAGCUGGGUCCCUUCUCCAAGGCUGAGAAGCAGGCUUUAUAGCAAGUCUCUGAAAGGAGGGCAUCAUUGUGGGGAGACUGAGAUUACCAAGAGCUGCAGUGAGGCAGCUGGGGACAAGGCGGCCAUCAGGCACCAGGAGAAGACCCCCAAAGAGCUGGUGCUGGAUGAUAGAACGAGGCCCCAGAAGAAGUGGGUGAGGGGGAAGCGGGAGCCUGAACCCAGUAGCAAGCCCUCCAGGGAAGCCACUCUAGAGGAGAGACAUGCAAGUGGAGAGAAGCACUUAGGAGUGGAGAUAGAAAAGACUUCGGGUGAAAUUAUCAGGUGUGAGAAGUGCAAGAGAGAGAGGGAGCUCCAGCAGAGCCUGCAGAGGGAAAGGUUGUCCCUGGGGACGAGUGAGCUGGACAUGGGGAAGUGCUCAAAGUAUGAUACAGAAAAGCUGGUGAGGACAAAAAGCUGCCGGAAGUCUCCCGAGGCAAAUAUCAUGGGUAGGGAAGAAGGGUGGAAAGGGGACAGUCACCGGAGCAGCCCCAGGAAUCCCAUUCAAGAACUGAGGAGACCUGGUAAGAACAUGGGGAAGAAAGAGGACAAAGAGCCAGAAGAUCAAGAAAGCCAUCCUCCAGGAACAGCCAAGGCUAAGAAGGACCUGGCUGAAGUUGCACCAGUUGCAGAGGAGGGGCCGAGAGACAUGAAGAACGAUACCAGGCAUGUUUGCCGGAACAAACAUGGUGGCUGGCUCCUGAGAGAGUGCCAGGCUGACUCUGAGAAGUUCCCCAGACCCCGCCGGGAUGAGAAGGAGGCAGAGAAGGAGAAAAAGGUAUGUCUGUCUGGAGGGAGGAAGAUGACUCUCAGAGAUGACCAACCUACAAGGGUAGAAAAGGAGCUCAAGAUGAGGCCAGAAGAGAACAAGCAAGACCGGCCAGGUCGAAAGACACGGCCCCUGGGCAUCAUUGCAGCCAACCUGGAGAAGCAUUAUGAGACUGGUCGGGUCAUUGGGGACGGAAAUUUUGCCGUGGUGAAGGAGUGCAGACACCGUGAGACCAGACAGGCCUAUGCCAUGAAGAUCAUUGACAAGUCUAAACUCAAGGGGAAGGAGGACAUGGUUGAUAGCGAGAUCUUAAUCAUCCAGAGCCUCUCUCACCCCAACAUAGUGAAAUUGUAUGAAGUAUAUGAAACGGAAACAGAAAUUUAUCUGAUCAUGGAGUAUGUGCAAGGAGGGGACCUUUUUGAUGCCAUCAUAGAGAGUGUGAAGUUCCCUGAGCCCGAUGCUGCCCUCAUGAUCCUGGACUUAUGUAGGGCCCUUGUCCACAUGCAUGACAGGAGCAUCGUCCACCGAGACCUCAAGCCAGAAAACCUUUUGGUUCAACGAAAUGAGGACAAAUCUACCACCUUGAAACUGGCUGAUUUCGGCCUUGCGAAGCAUGUGGUGAGACCAAUAUUUACUGUGUGUGGGACUCCGACUUAUGUAGCUCCUGAAAUUCUUUCAGAGAAAGGUUACGGACUGGAGGUGGACAUGUGGGCUGCAGGAGUGAUCCUCUAUAUCCUACUGUGUGGCUUCCCCCCCUUCCGCAGCCCAGAGAGGGACCAGGACGAGCUUUUUAACAUCAUCCAGCUGGGCCGCUUCGAGUUCCUCGCGCCUUACUGGGACAACAUCUCUGAUGCUGCCAAAGAUCUCGUGAGCCGAUUGCUGGUGGUAGACCCCAAAAAGCGUUACACGGCCCACCAGGUUCUUCAGCAUCCCUGGAUUGAAACAGCUGGAAAGACCAGCAUGGUGAACCUACAAAAGGAAGUGUCCCCCAGCAGCGAGGGCCACCCCAGGAGCCAGCACAAGAAGGCCGCAGAGCAGGCAUCAUAGUCACUGCUUUGGGCAUCUGUUCAGAACUGCUCGAGGACAGGGAACAGGUUAGACAUCUGAGAGAACAACAGUGAAGGGGGCUUCACAUAACUGGAGAAUCGAAAGGAGAGAUACACCUUAAAGCUUAUUAAAAAAAUAAACUGAAUCUUAAUGUUAAAUGUUCUAACAUAUUUUUAGAUUUGUAUAGUGAAGACUUUAAUACAUUUUUUGGGGGGGUUAAGAAUUUAUUAUAAGUGAGGCAUUUUGGUAAUGAUAUGUUUUGCUUUUUCCUUGUCAUCAAGUUCAUAGUGUAUUACCUGGGUGGUGCUUACCAGGGUCUAAACUCCCCCUGUGAGAUUAAUCAAGGGAAUCGUGGUCUUUCUGUGUUAAUAAAAUGUGCUCUGAAUGACAGAAGUGGGUUUGUAUUCUGAUUAUUUCCUAAUGCUGCUAAUGACAGCCACGGUAUUAUAGUGCAGACAUGUCCCGGAAGCCAAUGCGUUGACAUCAUGUAAUGGACACAUGAUGAAGUCACAAGAUCUAUUUAGGAUGUGCUGAUCUUGGUUUCUAGUCUUACUAAAUAUCAGAUUUGGCACAGUCUGAAAAAUGGAAAGAAGAACUCAUUGAAUCAUUCUUGCUCCUGCCAUACCCCAUUAUUCUGCUUUUCAGCCUAGCUGUCCCUGAGCCUGAGUCACUUCCAGGCUAUGACCGCGUGAACAUUUUCAAAUCACAGGAGAGCAAGUUAGUGCAUUAAUAUGUCAGAAAUGCAGCCAACGGGAGUACAUUGAGCUCCAUAGAGACAACGCCGGGGCAAGUGAGAGCCGGACGGGCACUGG